CCAACUAUUUUUUAUCAGUUUCUAUUACGAUACCCGACGAGAUGUAAAAACCUAUUUUUUUAUAUGACUUAAUAUUAUAUAUAAAUAGCAUCUGAAGUUUUAAAUUGUGUAAUUUAAGGUGAUUGUUUAUUCUAAAUUGUUAAUCGUUCUUGAUGAGAAAAAUGCAGAAAAUGAAAGUAAACGUAAUUAUAUAGUCAAGUAAAAGUAUCUUUGUAAUUUAAGUUACUUAUACAUAUUGUUUUUUAAAACAAGAACACGAGACAAAAAGAAACUAUCUCACUAUGUAAAUGAAAGUAAUAAUUUUCGAUCAACAUCUAUGAUAUUACAUAAGAGAUUCCAUAUUGAUUGACGGAAAGAAAGAGAUGCUACUAUUGUUGUCAAAAUUCAAUCUUUUGUAAUUAUUACAUAAAUUUCGAGCAAUAAGAAGAAACAAUGGUUAAGCGACAAAUGCCACACCCGUUGCACUUGAGCCUGGACAAUAUCAUCACGUCAAGCUCGACUAGGAGGGAGAUGCGUCAAACACCAAGAAUUUUAAGGAGAUCUGCUUCCGUUGGUAGGAGAUCAAUGGGAUCCAGAAAUUUUUCAUCGAGAGAACAAAACAUUUGUCUUCGCCGGACGACUUCGUUCGAAUCUGUCAAUGUAUCGCAAUGCGUGAUAUGCAAGAGCAAAGUAAACUCAUCCAGAAUGAUGAAAUGUCGGCACACCUUUUGUCUGCAAUGUUUCAAAAAUCGUUUUAUGAUAUCACGUAAAAAAGACAGCAGUUCUAUUUGCCCUGUAUGCAAUGUAGCAGUGAUAAAUAAGAAAGAAUCGAAAAAUUCAGUGAGCUUUGCGCCCUUACCACCAAAAAUACGUGACGAGAGAUGCCGUACCUGCGGUGAAACUUGCAAGAAUAUAAACAAAUGUAAACACUGUAAACGUAGGUUCUGUGAUGACUGCUGGCUAAAUCAUAUAGAUGAUUUGGAAGAUGAAUUAAGUAAUAUAAAUGGAGAUCUCGAGACAUCAAUGAUAAGAUUCGAAGAUAGACUAAAUAAUUUUCAGAGCAAAGCAAACGAAACGAUGGAAUUCAUUAAUAGGGAUAUUGACGCUAAAAUAAGUGAACUUAAUAAAAAGAGAGAGAAUCGGAUUAAGAAGGUAGAACAUGUAAUUGCUUCAGGAGAAGUAUCAGUUGACGAUAUUAGACAGAGGAUGCAGAAAACUCAAAUAGAGAUAAAGGAACAGAAGGAAGUGUCGUAUGAUACAUUAUCUGAUAACGAAGAAAAGGUGAAAACGUUUUUAGAUCUGCAACAAAAGGCCGCGGAAGUAAUGGCUGCGGUUGCCAUUUGGGAAUCUGAACUGAAUGAUGUUGAAGCGGAGCUUGGUAAAGUUAAUAAACACGGAAGAUCAUUUAUAAAAGAAAAGACUGCUUCUUCAUACAAGCGGAAAAAUUGCACACCCAAAAUUGUCGCGACCCGCGACAUAGUGCAGCGACCAUCGGCACUCGCCAUUGAUUCCUGGAGAGAUAACAUAAUCACAACCUGUCCGGGAUCAGGACAGAUUGUCAUUCUCGACAGGAAGUUCAAACUUGUGCGGAGAAUUCGUCACCAGGAGAUGAUGGCACCUCAAGGAGUUGCCUUUCUGCAAGAACACGACGAAAUAUACGUGACAGAUAAAUGGAAGCACUGCAUUUUCGUGUUUAAUCACAAGGGCGAGCUCGUCCAUCGCAUGUGCAAUAAAGGUUUCGGAGAGACGGAGCUAUGUUCACCGGAAGGAAUCGCGUUUCAUCCGGAACGUAGCGUGCUUUACAUUGCUGAUACUGGAAAUAAUCGUGUUCAGAUUCUCGAGAAAGAUGGCACGUAUUUGGACAGUAUCGGACCCAUGAGUAAGAACAAAACGGGCACGGUCAGAUUUCGUACAACUGGUCCAAUUGCGAGCCAAUUGAAUCAACCGAGCGAUGUGGCUGUCACGACGACACGUGUCGCCAUUGCCGAUUCUGGCAAUCACAAAGUAAAGGUAUUCAAUCACGAUGGACAACUUCUUCAGUCGAUUGGUGGUACGGGCAUGGCAAAGGGCUUAUUUAGAUCACCUGAGGUACUAAAGAUUGAUGAGAAAGGAUAUAUCAUCGUCGGUGACGCUGGAAACGGAAGAGUGCAGAUUUUUUCUCCGGAAGGCGAAUUUCUACGGGUAUUAGGUGCCAAAAAGAAGCAAGGACAUAAGUUUGCAUGGAUAUCUGGUUUGUUAGUGACAAGUAAUUACAACAUUUUGGUUUCCGACAGCAAGAAUAAUUUUAUAUAUUUGUUUUAAUAUUAUAUUAUACUUUAAUGGGACAGAGAGAGAGAGAGAGAGAGAGAGAGAGAGAGAGAGAGAGAGAGAGAGAGAGAGAGAGAGUGUGUGUGUGUGUGUGUGUGUGUGUGUGUUUAAUUAAUAAAGAAACACUCGAGUGUCCACUUUCAA